AUGGACCUGAGCAAGAACGGGUACUCGAAUUCCUACGACGACAUUGCGAAGAGCUAUGGGUUUCAGCUGAUGUACGCUGGAGAAAACAUGCCCAAGGCACCGAUAUCCUCAGUCAAUCUGCUGAUCGUUGGAUUCCGUCAGAAAAACGAGGGACUAAUCAAAACAAUAAUGUCUUCUGUGGACGGACUCGACCUCCAACUGCCCUUCAGCGAAGAAUUGGCUUCAAAAUUCAAUAAAGUAGAAGUGCUACGAUACGGGAGAAAAUUGGCCGGAGAUAUUGGCAUCGCGCAUUUCGAUCCGAAGCUCAGAAAUACGACGUUCGCGAGUUUGGCUUCGAAAUUCAUCUCAUGA